GAGAGCGAGGGCACGACGGAGAACCUGGGAAGGCCAGGUGUCCCAGCCACAAGUGGACCAAAAGGCUUUAAGGGUUUACGGGGUCAUUCAGGAACUGGAGGACAAGAUGGAAUCGAUGGAGCCAUGGGACCUGUUGGUGCAAAUGGAAUAACUGGAGACACUGGACCUCCAGGUCCAAAAGGAUUUUCAGGGAAGAUGGGCGCAAGCGGCCAGCAGGGACCUGUCGGGGCGAGUGGAGAAGCUGGAAGUAUAGGAAUGAGUGGAAUACCUGGAAAAAUGGGAAAGAGUGGGGCAAAAGGAAAACAAGGAUCUAUGGGACGAGUAGGGAUGGAAGGAGACAAGGGCAAAAGAGGUGAAAAGGGGCCAAGAGGCAAACCAGGUCCCUCAGGCAAGAUGGGCAUGGCUGGACCACGAGGACACACAGGACCUCCAGGCACCCAGGGCAACAUUGGAGCAUGGGGCGAGGUUGGACCACGAGGUCAUCCAGGUGAACAGGGGUCGCAAGGAGUUGUUGGCCCUACUGGGGUCAUAGGUUAUCCUGGUAAAGACGGACCUCAAGGAUCAAUUGGCCUACCUGGAGUCAAAGGUGCAAAGGGACCUAAAGGCGUUGUCGGAGAGGAGGGACCUGCAGGUCUCGAUGGUGAGGAGGGUCCACCUGGGCGUAGAGGGACUGAGGGAUCCCCUGGACAAAACGGAACAUCUGGUGAUAAAGGAAGCCAAGGCCCCCCUGGUCAGCUAGGUCCAAAGGGAACUGCUGGUGACCAAGGUGUUAGAGGUCCCCAAGGAGUAAAGGGUCGUCCAGGAAAGCAGGGACAUACUGGAGCACAGGGGGACAGAGGCAACCCGGGACCUCUUGGAAUUAAGGGUUCGCCAGGCCAAAGAGGUCCCCAAGGCAUGCCAGGACCGUUUGGAAAAGGGGGAGACACUGGAGAACCGGGAAGCAAAGGGCACAAAGGUUUUCAAGGACACACAGGCUCCCCUGGCCGCAUCGGACCCCCGGGCCGAAUAGGUCCAUCAACAACAGGUUUUGUAGGCAAGAGGGGCCCUGAUGGCAAACUUGGGAAUGCUGGACCAAAGGGCGCUAGUGGAAAGAAGGGUGACCUUGGUCCUUCGGGCGUUAAAGGAAAAAUGGGAAUGAAGGGUGAAAAGGGAGCAAAAGGAGAGGCAGGAACUCAAGGCACAAUGGGUAAACUUGGAAGGAUUGGCUUUAUUGGCCCUUCUGGGUCAAAAGGUCGGCCUGGACCGCUUGGUCCUCCUGGUCUUCCUGGACGUAAAGGAAUUCAUGGGGCAACUGGAUUGGAAGGUCAACCUGGUAGAAAGGGGAACAAAGGAGCGCCGGGAAAAACCGGAGCUGAAGGCCCACCAGGCAAGCGAGGACCUAAGGGGGAACGUGGGAUAGCUGGUUUGGAUGGUUUGGAUGGAUUACAUGGGCUUCAGGGUACUGAAGGGUAUCCGGGAAAUGUUGGCCGCACAGGAGAACCUGGAACCCCGGGCAGGCCUGGUAAACAGGGGUCACCUGGACCACCUGGUCUUAGAGGAAACACCGGAAAACAGGGCAUUAAGGGUCAAACUGGACCUGGAGGAGAGACAGGACCUCCUGGACCAAUUGGGCCAAAGGGUAUCCCCGGACUGUCAAGAGAGAAGGGUGAUAAAGGAAUAAGAGGUCCCAAGGGUCACCAGGGUGAAAAGGGGUUGCAAGGUCCAGUUGGUCCAGCAGGGAUAAAGGGGAAGUCUGGUCUGCAAGGUGGAAAAGGUGUAACAGGGCAUGAAGGAAAGCAGGGGGAUACCGGACCUCGUGGCUCACCUGGACAAAAAGGCCAGCCUGGAUACGCUGGCCAGACUGGAAUGAAGGGAAUGAAAGGUAUCCAAGGUAGCAGCGGAACUAAGGGAGUUAAGGGCAAGCAAGGACCCCCGGGAAAAGCAGGUUUACCAGGAAAAAGCAGAUCUCAUUCAAAAUCUGAGAGAAGACCAGUUGACAGAGAAGAAGCCUCCAGCAAAUAUUCUGAGUCUUCAACACUCCUGAAGAUACGGAAAGAACAACCAAAAGAGUCAAGUCUAUUGAAGCUCGAUGAGGCAGAUGAUGAAUCUUCAAACUGGCCCCAAGGCACAAAAUAUAACCCUGCCACCUCUUGCUAUGAGCUUAGUCUCAUACGGCCAUAUUUCAAUGAUGGUUACUUUUACAUGGACCCCAACCAAGGUUGUCCCUCUGAUGCUUUGAGAGUGUUUUGUAACUUCACAGCGGGGGGGAGCACCUGCAUCGACCCAUCGCAGUCGCGGAUAACAUUCAAGUGGAAUUUGGAAAAGCACCAAUCAAGAACAAUUCAGUGGUUUAGCCAGCAACUUGGUGGCGACAAGUUUGGCUACGUCGGCAUGAAUGUCGUUCAGCUGCGGUUUCUACGAUUACACAGCCACACAUCUUUCCAGCGUUUGACACUCAGAUGGACGUCCAACAACUCUUCUAUGGAUGGCACAAGCGACUUUGUCCACUUAUUGGGAGACUCCAGCCAAGACAUACAUUCAAACCACACCACAGUGUCCACACAAGGACGUGAGGUGGAGGUGGUUGCGAAGGUUUGGGGCAACACGGAGCUACAUCGAGGUGAUAUGGAGUUGCUCCCUAUCAGAGAUCUUGGGAUCGAGAUGGCAUCACAUUGGGCACACGAGAUUGAGAUCAAUGCUGAUUUGGGGCCCAUCUGCUUCUUGUGAUGAAUGAUUGUGACUGUACAUGUGUGUGUUGAAUAAAACGCAUGUAAAUAGCGAUAGUAGGGAUGUAUAGAGUCUUGACAAUGUACAUUUGCGCUGCUUUUUGUUUAUAUUUAUUGAAAUAAUAUUAAUUGAUAGAAGUGGAUACAUUGGCGGUCUUACAAUAUGUUCGCAUAUUGCAUGUUCAGUAAGUUCGUUUGCGUGUAUGUAUUUUUUCUACAGAAUAUCGUAAUGAAUUGAUUACUUGAAACACCAGAAUAAAAUCAA